GCGGCGGGAGCGGCGUCCGAAGCGCUCUUGAACCGCACUGAAACCCGCACUGAACCCGCUCCUAGAGCCCUCCGAAACCGCCUGUCCCGGCACUGUCUCCUCGCCGCUCUCCCCCCGGACGUGCCCCGCGGCCGCCAUGGCGGAGCAGGAGAGCCUGGAGUUCGGCAAAGCCGACUUCGUGCUGAUGGACGCGGUGACCAUGCCCGAGUUCAUGGCCAACCUGCGGCUGCGGUUUGAGAAGGGCAGGAUUUACACCUUCAUCGGGGAGGUGGUGGUUUCCAUGAACCCCUACAAGAACCUGAACAUCUACGGGCGGGACACCAUCGAGCAGUACAAGGGCAGGGAGCUCUACGAGAGGCCCCCCCACCUCUUCGCCAUCGCCGACGCCGCCUACAAGGCCAUGAAGAGACGCUCCAAGGACACCUGCAUUGUCAUCUCAGGUGAAAGUGGAGCUGGGAAAACUGAGGCCAGUAAAUACAUCAUGCAGUACAUUGCAGCCAUCACCAACCCUGGGCAGAGGGCUGAGGUGGAGAGGGUGAAGAACAUCCUGCUGAAAUCCAACUGCGUGCUGGAGGCCUUUGGCAACGCCAAGACCAACCGCAACGACAACUCCAGCCGCUUUGGGAAAUACAUGGACAUCAACUUUGAUUUUAAGGGGGACCCAAUAGGUGGGCACAUCAAUAAUUACCUGCUAGAAAAGUCCCGUGUGAUUGUGCAGCAGCCUGGAGAAAGGAGCUUCCAUUCCUUCUACCAGCUCCUGCAGGGAGGUUCUGACCAGCUCUUACGUUCCCUGCACCUUCAGAAGGACGCAUCAGCCUACAGCUACAUCUGUCCUGGGGCACAGAUCAAGUGUUCCAUCAAUGACAGUGCCGAGUUCAAAGCAGUCGCUGAUGCCAUGAAGGUGAUUGGCUUCAAGCAAGAGGAGAUCCAGACUGUCUACAAAAUCGUGGCAGCCAUUCUCCACCUGGGGAACUUGAAGUUUUCAGUGGAUGGGGACACGCCCAUGAUCGAGAACGGGAAGCUGGUGUCCACCAUCGCAGACCUGCUCUCCACCAAGGCCGACCUGGUGGAGAAGGCCCUGCUGUUCCGCACGGUGGCCACGGGCAGGGACGUCAUCGACAAGCAGCACACGGAGCAGGAGGCCACCUAUGGCAGGGAUGCCUUUGCCAAGGCCAUCUACGAGCGCCUCUUCUGCUGGAUCGUGACACACAUCAACGACGUGAUCGAAGUGAAGGACUACGACACCACAGUGCAUGGCAAAAACACGGUCAUUGGAGUGCUGGACAUCUAUGGCUUCGAGAUCUUCGAUAAUAACAGCUUCGAGCAGUUUUGCAUCAACUACUGCAACGAGAAGCUGCAGCAGCUCUUCAUUCAGCUGGUCCUGAAGCAGGAGCAGGAGGAAUACCAGCGAGAGGGAAUUCCCUGGAAGCAUAUUGAUUACUUCAACAACCAGGUCAUCGUGGACCUGGUGGAGCAGCAGCACAAAGGGAUCAUCGCCAUCCUGGACGACGCCUGCAUGAACGUGGGCAAGGUCACGGACGAGAUGUUCCUGGAGGCUCUCAACAGCAAGCUGGGGAAGCACGCCCACUUCUCCAGCAGAAAGCUUUGUGCCACGGACAAAACGCUGGAGUUCGACAGGGACUUCCGGAUCAAACACUACGCUGGGGACGUGAUCUACUCAGUCACUGGAUUUAUUGACAAAAACAAGGACACUUUAUUUCAAGACUUCAAGCGCCUCAUGUACAACAGCUCCAACCCUGUGCUGAAGAUGAUGUGGCCUGAAGGGAAGCUGGGCAUCACUGAGGUCACCAAGAGACCUCUGACAGCUGCUACUCUGUUCAAGAACUCCAUGAUUGCCCUGGUGGACAACCUGGCACUGAAGGAGCCCUACUACGUGCGCUGCAUCAAGCCCAACGACAAGAAAUCCCCCCAGCUGUUCGACGAGGAGCGGUGCCGGCACCAGGUGGAGUACCUGGGGCUGCUGGAGAACGUGCGGGUGCGCCGGGCGGGCUUCGCCUACCGCCAGACCUACGAGAAGUUCCUGCACAGGUACAAGAUGAUCUCGGAAUUCACGUGGCCAAACCACGACCUGUCCUCGGACAAGGAGGCCGUGAGGAAGCUGAUCGAGUGCCACGGCUUCCAGCACGACGUGGCCUACGGCAAGACCAAGCUCUUCAUCCGCACGCCCCGCACCCUCUUCACCCUGGAGGAGCUGCACGCCAAGAUGCUCGUCAGGAUCGUCCUCUUCCUGCAGAAGGUGUGGAGGGGCACCCUGGCCCGGCUGCGCUACCGGCGCACCAAGGCGGCACUGACCAUCCUGCGGCACUACCGGCGCUACAAGGUCAAGUCCUACAUCCGCGAGGUCGCCCGGCGCUUCCACAACGUGCGGCUCCUGCGCGACCGCGGCCGCCACGUGCAGUGGCCCACCCCCCCCAAGGUGCUGCGGCGCUUCGAGGAGGCCCUGCAGGCCAUCUACCACAGGUGGAGAGCGGGUGAACUCAUCCGCAGCGUCCCACCAGAAGUGCUACCUCAGCUGAGGGCCAAGGUGGCUGCCAUGGAGGUGCUGAAGGGUCACAGAGCUGACAUUGGCCUGCAGAGAGCCUGGCAGGGGAAUUACAUCGCACUGAAAUCAGACAACCCCCAGAGCUCGGGCUCCUUCGUCCCUGUGGCCAACGAGCUGAAGAGGAAGGACAAGUACAUGAACGUCCUCUUCUCCUGCCACGUCCGCAAGGUCAAUCGCUUCAACAAGGUGGAGGACAGAGCCAUCUUCAUCACUGACAGACACCUCUAUAAGAUGGACCCCAUGAGGCAGUACAAGGUGAUGAAGACCAUCCCCCUCUACAACCUGGUGGGACUGAGCGUCUCCAACGGGAAGGACCAGCUCGUGGUGUUCCACACCAAGGACAACAAGGAUCUCAUCGUCUGCCUCUUCAGCAAAGACCCUUCCAGCGACAGCAGGGUCGGGGAGCUGGUGGGAGUCCUGGCAAGUCACUUCAAGAGGGAGAAGCGGGCCCUGCACAUCAGCGUCACCAACCCGGUGCAGUGCAGCCUCCACGGGCGGAAAUGCACGGUCUCCGUGGAAACCAGGAUUAACCAAUCCCAACCGGAUUUCACCAAGCAUCGCUCCGGCUUCGUCCUCUCCGUGCCGGGGAAUUAACACCCGCUCCGCCCGCGCCGGGGCUCGGCCCGCCCUCCCCGCGCCCGGGACUCGUCGGGAUUCACUGGGAGAUGCUCGGCUGCGACGCGUCAGGCGCCUGGAACGGGCUCUGUAAGGCUCGAGGUUUUUGGAAAACCCGAAGUCAGGGGGUUUCAGAAAAGCCAAAUUCACGCGGAACAACAAAAGGCUUGAAAUAGCCAGUGACCUGUUCUCCAUCUUACAAACCAGGCUGGAAUAUCACAAAAGUGCUUUGAAAUUAGUCCAGAAAAAAAGCGUUAAUAGGUACUUCCACCCUUUCCUCCCUUUCCCAUAUUGAUUCUUUUCCCCCUCUCCAGUUUUCCCUCCCGUGUUUCUUUUCCAUGUGCUGGUUUUUUUUUUUUUUUGCAAUAUGAUGCAGCCUCCUCCUCCUCAGGAGGAACCAAAGAUACCCGGCUCAGGGAGUCUGGUUCUGUAGGACCGAAUCCCCGUGGAACCAGAGCCAGGUUUGGGAGGGAGGCCGGGAGACACUCCACACUCCUCCAGCCCCACGGAGCUGGGAUGGUACAUGGAGACACCUCCAGACUUGCUGCUUUCCCACCGGGAAUUCCUUAACAGCCCGAGGCACCUUGGCUGGAGGCGGGUCCAGCACUGGAGAGGGGCCUUCCCAGUGCAGGGGCUUGUUUUGUUACCCCUGCAUUGCUUUUGCCUUAAUGACCCUCUCCGGGGACCUAAAUCCAGUGGGUUCCCAUUGGGACUUGCUGGGUUUUCAGAUGAUCCACGUGGCUUCGUGUCCGUGCCAGCGCUGGGGUUCGGGGAGGGAAAAGGGACCCGAGGCAGGGGGUGAGUCCAGAACCACGGGGAGCUUUGUGGGGCCGAGGCUGCGGCUCCGGCGCUUUGCACUAUCCAACACUAACCCUGGGAGCCCCAGGGGCAGCAGCACAGACCAGCACCCGGGCUCUUCCCUCCAGAGAGCUAUCCCAGCUCUUCCCAGCAGUGGGAUGUGGGUGUUGGGGUGUUGGGCAUCCCCUCAGCUCGCCUGGUGGCUCCACGUUCCGCCCGCGCCUGCCCGGCCCAGAUAACCCAGAGCUCUGUGUUUACGGAAGGACCUGGAUACCCCCUGGUUUAUUCCCACCGUGCCAGGCCCUGCUGUGGCUCCUGAGCAGCCCAGGCUGUUGGGAUUGUACAUUGGGAUUGUCCUGGCACUGCUGGUCAGGUCAGGAUUCCCAGCCCUGGAGGCGGGGGCUGCGUGGUGACCCCACCUCAGGGUAAAAACUGGGAGCACUUGUUUAAUGGAGCAUUUCGGGAACUGGGAAGCCUGGAAGAGGCUCUUCACUAAUGACCUGCUAACGAAAGGCUUCCCAAAGCCACGGGGUGCAGGGACAGGUCACUGCACCCCCAGGACUUGGGGGGGACCUGAGUGUGGAGCAGCUCCGGCUCUGUGUUACCUGGCACAAGCUCAGCCCUCCUCCGGGGAUGCUCCACACCAUUCCCGAGGUCCCCAGCCUUGGAGCAGCCCUGUCAGCAUCCCAGCACCACCUCCCAGUGCCCCUGCCCCCUCCCAGCCUGUGGCUUUGGGGCUCUGCAGGAAGAAGCUCUUGCAAACACGAGGAGGGGACACCGACAGCCCCGACCGUCCCCACACACACUCGGGGACCACCACGGACCCUCCACCACCUCCCCUCAUCCCACCUCGGCUCCUCGGGAGCGGCAGCACCGUGGGACAGCCCGGCUCCUGCCGGGGCCGCUCCAGAGGGAGCAUCCCCGGCCUUGCUGUGCCUUUGGAUUUGCACUUCGCUUCGAUGUCCCGGUGCAGAGGCUCCCCCGCCGCACUAACCCCAGCCAGGCAGUGGCAGGAUUUUAAUCAGCACUUUUAUCCACUCUUCCCUCCCAAUGGAAUGGUCGUUUGGAAUCGGGAUGGACGGCAACGCAGCGCAGGCUUAGGGAAUUUCUGUCACCAUGAGAUGGCAAUAUUGUAUGUGAUGAGAUGUCUUUAUAAAAUAUAUUAUCUGUUCCUGCUCUGGUUUUAUAUAUAUAUAUAUAUAUAAAAAUAUAUAAAAUAUAUAUAUAUUCCUGGUUUUCCCAUAAAUUAACUAUUUCUAAAUUGAAUCUGAUUCUCAGCCGGGGGCGAUAAUGCAAUGAACCCUUUUUUUUAUUAUUAUUAUUAUUAUUAUUAUUAUUAUUUUAAAUCGCUGAUAUUUUAAUGUGUAAAAGAAAACAAAAAACAAAAAAAAACCUACUAUAAUGGACCUGGGUUUUGUUUACAUAAUUCACUGUAAUAAAUAAUAAAAAAAAAAGCAGUUAGUUGCAUCCCACCAUGGCCGUGCCUGUUUCUGCAGGGACGAUGAUGAUGCUCGGAGGGAACGUGGUGUUUUGUUGUCCCAAUAUCCCGAUUUUUUUCCCCCCCUCUGGCUUACUCCUGGACCUGCUGCUCUCCCACCACGGGGUGACCCCGGGGCUGGUAACGUGAUUAAAGCUGCUUUAAACCCUCUGUCGUCAACACAAAUCCCAUUCCCAACGUUGCCAGUGGAGGGGUGGGAGCGCAGAAAAGACUCGGCCACGAGCCACUGCCGUGUAAUGGAUGGUCAGUGCAUUUUUAUUUAAUCAGCACAGUACAAAAAUAAAUAAAAAUAAGGGGAGGGGAUUAAAUUACAGGCACACUGAGCCCCAUGACACAGUCGGUCGGGUUAUAAACCACACAUACUUACAAACACACUAUACACAUACAUACAAAAUGAGACAAAUAUAAAUUAAUAAGUAACAAUACCCACCAAUUUGGUCAACAAAGAUCUACAGAAGAGAUUGCACUAAAAAAACGUACGUACACAUGUAUCAUUAGCAGGGUCCAAUGUACAGCCAUGAAGAGCUUCAAGUGAAAAAAAAAAAAAAGAAAAAUCAAAAAAAUAAAAGUAAAUGGCACGUUAUUUCUCCCUCUCGUUCGCCAGUUUAACGCCCGAUGGACCAGAACUAAACUAGAACUGAGCACACGGAGAAAAAAAUGAUGAUAAAACCCAAAAAGAAAGGUCUCAGUCCCCAGGCCUGAUACGGGAAUACCGGCUGAGACUGCGGUGUCGGGGGUGGUGUUGGGUCUUUGUGCAUGGGUGUAAUUUUACAGCCAUCUCUCGUUAAGGUUUUUUUUUUUUUUCUUUUGAUUAUUAUUUUUUUAUGCGUUUUUUCCUUUUUUUUUUUUUUUAU